AUGGCGAAUUCGCAGAGAAACAGCGCCUUGAUAUUUAUAAUGCUGAUUUUUAUUCUCCUUGUUUGCACAUUGAAGCAGGGACAGGGUCUCGUUCGCUAUUCUAUUCCAGAGGAAUUGGAAUAUGGUUCUACUGUUGGGAAUAUUGCUGAAAAUUUGGGAAUAAGCGUUCGAGAAUUAUCAGCUCGAAAAUGUCGCCUGGUCUCCGCUGACGGAAGGCAGUAUUUGGAGGUAAAUUUAGAGACUGGCGUCCUAUUUGUUAGCGGUCGAAUAGACAGGGAGCAGAUUUGUGCACAGAGCCCUUCUUGUAAUCUUGCCUUCCAGAUAAUACUGCAAAACCCCCUCGAAAUGUACCGCGGUGAAGUGGAGAUUCUCGAUAUAAAUGAUAAUUCACCCUUUUUCCCAGAGAACGCCAUUGUCUUGGAAAUGGCCGAAUCAAUCGCACCAGGCUCCCGCUUCCCACUAGAGAGCGCCCUCGAUCCAGACGUGGGGACAAACACGGUCAAUAAGUAUAUCAUCAGUCCCAACGAACACUUUGGUUUGAAGGUGCACAUCAGAAAGGGUGCUAUCACAACUGCAGAAUUGUUGUUAGAGAAAUCGUUGGACCGCGAACGACAGACAUCUUUCCAGCUUGUAAUGACUGCUGUUGACGGCGGCAACCCUCCGAGAUCUGGGACAACUCAAAUCAACAUCAGUUUGCUGGACAUCAAUGAUAACACACCUGUGUUCGAGAAUGAAGUAUACACAGCGAGUUUGGAAGAAAACGCACCUUUAGGAACCUUGGUGACUAAAAUAAAAGCUGUGGAUUUGGACCAAGGAACGAACGCUGAGUUAAAAUAUUCUUUCGUUAAUGUUGUCCCACGGAGGGUGCGCGAAUUGUUCAGUUUGGAUCCUGAAACUGGAGAGAUCAAAGUUCAGGAACAGCUGGACUUUGAAGAUGAGAAAAGUUAUGAAAUUGAUGUCCAGGCAGUGGAUAAUGGUUCACCAGCGAUUACAGGACAUUCCAAAGUGCUGAUCGAUUUGAUUGAUGUCAAUGAUAAUGCCCCGGAGAUAACAGUGACCUCCUUGUCUGACAAACUCCCGGAGGGUGCUGCGCCCGGGACAGUGGUAGCUCUGAUGGACGUUACUGAUCGCGAUUCCGGAGCAAACGGACAAGUUCACUGUCAUAUUCCAUUGGGCCUUCCCUUUAAAAUUCAAUCCUCUCUGAACAACCAUUACAAAUUGACUACCACUCGUAUGUUGGAUCGGGAAACCACCCCAAUAUAUAACAUACCUGUCAUAGCCUGUGACUCAGGGUCUCCUCCACUGUCAACAAAUAAAACCAUCCGGAUAUCGGUGUCUGAUAUAAAUGACAACACGCCGCGAUUUUCUCAAUCCUCAUACGCCGUCUAUGUGAUGGAGAACAACGCUCCGGGCGCUUCUAUUUUCACACUGACUGCGUUCGAUCCUGAUCUGGACCAGAACUCCUACAUUUCUUAUUCCUUAGGAGGGAAUCUUCAGCAUUCCUUGGUGCCCAUUUACUUCAGCAUUAACUCGAUAAAUGGCACAAUUUACGCACUGCCCUCUUUUGACUACGAGAAGGUCAAAACCUUCCAGAUCCGUGUUCAAGCCCGUGACGCUGGAGUGCCCCCGCUGAGCAGCAGCGCUACAGUGAACGUGAUCAUCCUAGAUCAAAAUGACAACGCUCCGGUAAUUGUGUCACCUUCAGCACAGAGUGGAUCAGCAGCAGUGGAGAUCUUGCCGCAGUCAGCGGCCCAAGGGUACUUGGUCACCAAGAUCAUGGCAACUGAUGCAGAUUCUGGUCAGAACGCACGGCUCUCCUACCAGAUGGUUCAAGCGACCGAUCCCACUUUAUUCAUCGUGGGGCGCAAUUCAGGAGAAAUCAGAACAACGAGAAACAUUUUGGAGCUGGAUGAGACCUCACAAAGUCUGGUCGUUUUAGUGCGGGAUAAUGGACAGCCGAGCCUGUCCAGUACAACAACAAUCCUCUUGUCGAUUUUGGGCAAUGUAAGUGAGAAAAUCUCUGAACCUAGGGAUUCGUACAGUAAUCCUGGAUAUUUUUCUGAUAUAAAUCUUUAUUUAAUUGUCACCUUUGGAUCAACUUCAAUUUUAUUCCUUCUGACCAUCGUCAUCUUGGUUACAUUAAAGUGUAAACAAGACGUGGGCGUUAUUCAAGCUGGCGGGUGCACAGUUUGUUGUUUCAGGCCGAGGAAUUCGAAGGAAGCCUUUACUCGGGGCUCUGCGCCAGGAGAUCCUUUAAGUUGUUCUGCAAGUGGUCAGACUGCAUCUUUCCCCGAGAGUUAUCAUUACUCAGUUUGCUUGUCGCCGGAAUCAUCGAAGAGCGAAUUUCUUUUCCUGAAACCCUACAACCCGUCGUUGACUGAAGGAACUCUCUGCGUCGCUGUCCACCAAUCAGAAUCUCAAUCGCAGCGAGAGAUCCAUUGCUCCACCCCCACCAUUGAACGAAAGCGGAAUCACACGGAAGAGACUCAGCAUCUUAACUUAGAUAAAAUAAACCGGUCCCGCAACAAUGGCGAAUGCACAGCGCACGAUCGCCUUGCACUCCUGCGGUUGUUUUUCAGCAUUGUUGUGAGUGCAUUGGAUGUGGCUCUCGGACAGAUUCGCUAUUCGAUUCCCGAAGAACUGGAGCGGGGAGCGAUAAUCGGUAACAUCGCUGAAGAUUUAGGAUUGAACGUUGGAACAUUGCUCACUCGCAGAGGGCGGCUUGUCUCCGGCCGCAUCAAGCCAUUCGCGGAGUUAAAUUUGGAAAGUGGGAUUUUGUUUGUCAAUGAGAGAAUAGACAGAGAAAAGAUUUGCGGAUCAAUGUCCAGCUGUAUUCUUCCGUUCCAAAUUGUGAUUGAGAAUUCGCCAGAAAUGUACCGCGGCGAAGUGGAGAUUGUUGAUGUAAAUGACAAUUCGCCCACUUUCCCGGAGGGCACCGUUCUCUUGCAGAUGGCUGAAGCCGUUGCACCAGGCUCUCGGUUUCCGCUAGAGAGCGCACUCGAUCCGGACGUGGGGACAAAUGCAGUCAACACUUACAUGAUCAGCCCCAAUGAACAUUUCAGCCUGAAAGUGGAGAGCGCGGAAGAGGGCAUUAACAUUGCGGAGAAACCCCUGGACCGCGAGAAGCAGUCAUCGUUUCAUCUGGUGCUGACCGCCGUAGACGGAGGAAAUCCUCAGAGAUCUGGGACAGCUCGCGUUGUUAUUCAUGUGCUGGACAUCAACGAUAAUGCACCAGUUUUCGAUCGGAAGGUUUACAAGGCCAGUCUGGCAGAAAACUCACCCAUGGGAUCCCCAGUGGUUACCGUGCACGCUUCGGAUGCAGAUGAAGGUCUAAACGCAGAGCUAUCCUAUUCUUUCGGCAACCGUGUCUCGCAGAAAGUGCAGGAAUUGUUCAAUUUGGAUCCGCGGACGGGAGAAAUUAGACUUCAAGGAAUGCUCGACUUCGAAGAGGCAAACAGCUAUGCACUGGAUGUUCAAGCUGUGGACAAAGGUUCACCAGCCAUUACAGGUCAUUCUAAAGUCCUGAUCAAGGUAACUGAUGUCAAUGAUAACAACCCAGAAAUCGAGGUGAACUUAGUGACUGCUGAGGUCGCUGAAAAUGCCGGGCGCGGGACAGUAAUCGCGCUGAUCAAUGUACUUGAUCGGGAUUCUGGGGAUCAGGGAGAAGUACGCUACCAAAUUCCAUCGGAUAUUCCCUUUAAGCUUCAGGCAUCUUCGAGCACUCAUUACAAACUGAUUACCAGUGACUUGUUGGACCGUGAAACUGCCGCACUCUUUAAUAUUACACUUUUAGCCUGGGAUUCGGCGUCUCCUCCGCGAUCAACUAAUAAAACUGUCCAGAUACGGGUUUCUGAUGUAAAUGAUAACGUCCCCAGGUUUGCCCAACCCUCCUACGUUGUUUAUGUGAUGGAGAACAACGCUCCGGGUGCUUCUAUUUUCGCAGUAACUGCUUUCGAUCCUGAUUUAGACCAGAACUCUUAUGUUUCUUACUCCUUUACAGAGAGCCUUAUCCAAGAAUUACCAGUCUCCAGCUAUCUCAACGUUGAUUCGUUGAAUGGCACCGUUUACGCGCUGCGCUCUUUUGACGAUGAGAAUAUGCAGAAAUUCCAGGUCCACGUUCAAGCCCGUGACGCUGGAGUGCCCCCGCUGAGCAGCAGCGCUGCAGUGAAUGUGAUCAUCCUGGAUCAAAAUGACAACGCUCCGGUAAUUGUUUCGCCUUCAGCACAGAGUGGAUCAGCAGUAGUAGUGAUCGUGCCCCAGUCAGCGGGUCAAGGGUACUUGGUCACCAAGAUUAUGGCAACUGAUGCAGAUACUGGCCAGAACGCACGGCUCUCCUAUCAGGUGCAGAGAUCCACUGAUCCCAGUUUAUAUCAUGUUGGACAAAACUCUGGUGAAAUUAGAACAGCUCGUAAUAUUUUGGAGUCUGAUACCACCACACAAACUCUAGUAAUCUUGGUGAAGGACAAUGGGCAGCCAAGCCUGUCCAGCACAAUUACCAUCCUCCUGACAGUUCUGGAGAAUUUCACUGAAAGAACCACUGAAAGCAAUCAUUUUGUGGCAAAACCCGGAAAUUUCUCUGAUCUAAACCUUUAUUUAAUUGUCAUUUUCGGUUGCACUUCCGUUCUGUUCCUUGUGACCAUCAUUCUGCUGAUAGGCAUCAAGUGCAACCAGGACAGAAAUGUCACCCAGGAAUACAAUCCUCCCAGUUGUUGCUACAGCCUUCAAAAUUCUAACGACAACUUUCACCUAAGACCUCAAGUGAAGGAAUCCUUGAAUUAUAUCAGAACAAGCGCGAUGAUCUAUGUGCCAGAAAACCACCAUUAUUCUGUUUGCUUGUCUCCGGAAUCAGCGAAAAGCGAUUUCCUGUUUCUGAAACCAUGUGCCCCGCAGAUGACUCAGGCUAAAUGUUAAUCUAUGUCUUUACAUAAACUCUUCAAUUGCUUUGCAAAAUCCAGAAAAUUAAAACUAUGAGAAUGAACGAGUAAAUAGUACUCGAAACAACGUCCAUUGGUUUUUGAGGAAGGAAGGUCGUGUUGCAAUAUAAAUAUUGAUGGUAAAAGGUUAUUGUGAAAGAUAAAAGCUUCUUGUUAUAUAUAAUCCAGACAUCUGAAACUGGCAUAUUUUAACUGUUAAAGAAAGCUGGCGAUCAGUUUUCGACGUGCCCUCCCAAUUAUUUUGUUGUUAUGUCAGCCGAACAAGGCCUGGUGGUCACAUGUAAGUCUUUAAUUCUUAA